AUGGAAAAUCAAACUGUGAUAACAGAGUUUAUUCUCUUAGGACUUUCCAAUGAUCCACAAGUGCAGUUGCUGUUCUUCUUUGUGUUUCUAAUAAUAUACACUGCCACAUUAUUAGGAAACUCAAUGAUUAUGUUGAUAAUCAGGACAGAGCCUAGCUUUCACACCCCUAUGUUUUUCUUUCUCAAAAAUCUGGCCUUGGUUGAUAUCUGUUACUCAUCUGUCACAGUCCCAAAGAUGCUAGAAAAUUUUGUAGGAAGGUCAAAAUCCAUGCCUGUAGUGGGAUGUACUGUACAGAUCUUUUUCUUUAUCUAUUUUGCUUGUACGGAAGUUUCUCUGCUUGCUGCCAUGUCGUAUGAUCGCUACGUUGCUAUCUGUGACCCACUUCAUUAUUCGACAAUUAUGAACAAACAAAUGUGUCGUCAGCUGAUGGCAGGCACGUUUAUUAUGGGCUUCUUGGAUGCUAUGGUCAAUACAGCACCUUUAAUGAACUUGACCUUCUGCGGACACAACAGAAUCAACCACUACACCUGUGACCUUCCUGCAAUUUUGAAUUUGUCUUGCAGUGAAACGUUCAUCAAUUAUAUAGUAAUCAUUGUCUCUGGAUUUUUCUUUGGUGUUAUUCCUUGCCUCUUAACUCUUCUGUCUUAUGUAAGAAUAAUUUCAACUAUCCUGAAAAUUCACUCUACUAAAGGCAGGAGCAAAGCCUUCUCCACCUGUAGUUCUCACCUUAUUGUGGUUUGUCUGUUUUAUUUUUCAACUUUUUUCCGACAUAUGAAGCUAAGUUCUCUCUCUCCUUCAGAUCUGGAUAGAGUGAUCUCUAUCCAGUAUCUUAUUUUAACUCCUCUCUUAAACCCUAUUAUAUACUGUCUCAAAAACAAUGAAAUUAAAGCCAUUAUUUGGAGAAGGUUGGGAAAGCAUGGAUAA